AUUGGUACUGCCACCGAAUACUUCUUGUGUCGAUCACACUGCCUUAGCGCGGCGCUUAGGCAUUGAACCUGUUGCCAGGUUGCCCCAUUCACGAGCGACGAACGCCGGUGCUUAUCCCUACCUACACUUUAAGCGUUACAGAGAUGGAGGACGUUGAAUACCAAAUAGACGCCGAGCUCCCUAGCGCAAUACCCGACGAGGAUGCAGGGUACCAUGACGAAGGGAUGGACGACGCGGCGGCGACCUCCGUCCAGCAGCCCGAAGCGCCCGCCUGGUACACACACUUCGUCUUCCCGCAGGAGCCGCAGCCCCUGUACCGCGUGACGCAGGAGUAUGCAAGCACCGCCGCCAGUUGUCCCAACAGCAAUUUCCUCAAAGGCGUAAAAUGGUCGCCCGACGGCGCAUGCCUGCUCACUGCCAGCGAUGAUAACUGGCUACGGCUGUACGACCUUCCGAGGGACGUCCACACCGCACCACGCUUGUACGACAAUGACUUGCUGCCGACCGCUGCGGCCGCCUCCACGUCAUUACCGCCCUCCCCAAUGGAACCUGGCGGCGGCGACGAUGACGUCGGCGGCGUCGGGGGCGUUGCCGACCACACACUCACCUCCGCCUCCGCCUCAGCAGCGGGGGUAGCAGCGGACAAUCUGGUGCCGGCGCUGCGCAUGCAACCUGGGGAGACCGUGUACGAUUACUGCUGGUUCUCUAGAAUGAACGCCGCAGACCCGGUGUCAUGCUGCUUCGCUUCCUCCUCACGAGGCCAGCCCAUUCACCUCUGGGACGCGUGUACGGGAGACAUCCGAUGUUCGUACCGCGGGUAUAACGACGCGGACGAACCCACAGCGGCGUAUUCCCUGGCGUUUAGUCCUGACGGCGCGAAGCUGCUGGGCGGGUAUAACAAGAGCAUGUACGUGUUCGACGUGAGCCGGCCGGGCAGGGACUACAAGCGCAUUGUGACGCACAAGAGGAAGCAACAGGAGAGCAUCGCGGGUAUCGUGUCCUGCAUGGCAUUCAGCCCGGCUGGGGACGUGUUCGCCGCUGGGACGUACACAGGGGCACUUGGCGUGUACGACGCACGCACGUACGAGCUGCUGCUGCUGCUCACAGGCAACCGUGGCGGCCUGACGCAGGUCAUGUUUUCCCCAGACGGCAACUACCUGUACACGGGCGCGCGGCAGGACGACCAGAUGUUCUGCUGGGACGUGCGCAACACCUACGAGGCGCUGUACACGCUGCAGCGCGACACCGCGCGCACCAACCAGCGCAUCCAGUUCGACAUCGAGCCCUGCGGCAAGCACCUCAUCACGGGCGGGUGCAACGGCACGGUGGAGGUGUUCGACCUGCAAAGCGGCAGCCAGGUGGACCAACAGACAGUGGCGGCGGACACGGUCAACGGAGUCACCUUCCACCCCAGCCUCGACCUGCUGGCCACAGCUUCAGGCCACCGCCGCUAUGCCGACCCAGGGGAGGACGAACACAACAGC